AUGUUGAACGCCCUUCUAACCUUUCUGUUGUUUGCCGUGGCCCUUCGUGGGGCUGCAGCGAGGCGUCUCGGUGCCAAUGAGGACCCUCGCGAAGCCAUAGCGAGCAUAGCGAACGGGGAUGAUGCUCUGCCAGGAGAGUUCCCUUUCUUUGCCUUAAUCUGCACGGACAGGAGUGACCCAGGUUCCUGUGGUUGUGGAGGAUCCUUGAUUGCACCCAACCGAGAUUGGGACGGGCGUGUCGGAAGAGGCAAUGACGUAGCGGUUCUACACUUGGACUCCAAUUUGUUGACUCCGGCGUUGGCUUCUCUCAACAUGGACACUGGCAUUGCACUCUCCGCUGUACGAGCGAUUGGCUUUGGUAGGACUGAAGCUGGACGACUCUCAAACACACUACAAAAAGCUGACCUUGACGUAACGACGGAUUGCCAGGCUCCACCCGAUGUCUUUUGCGCCAGAGUUGAUGCUGGUAUUGCCACGUGCCACGUGCGGCGGAGGCAAGCUUCUGUGAGGAAACAUCACGUUUCAGUGCACCCCAUCAGCAACGAGCCUUCGGAAACUCAUCUGGUUGCUCCCUUGACUUCAGACUCUGGUGGUCCGCAUCUCUCGACCGAUGACACGUCAUUGCAAGUUGGCAUAACCUCAUAUGGCUUCGGCAAGUGCCCAGAUGACCCCAACAGGCGCAGUGGUCAAGUGAAUGUUGCAUUCCACCACGCCUAUAUCCAAGGUGAAAUUGCAACCAACCCUGGAGUGUGCACGACAAGAGUGAUACAGCCAAGCAGCACUCCAUCCAGUAAUCCAAGCUCUUCACCCAGUGUGCUGAGUUCCUCGCCAUCUCUCGCUCCCAGCCAUGGACCAUGUGAGAGUCCCAAAGAACCCAGUUCAUCUCCGAGUGUUAGUGUCGCCAUCUCUUCUUCCCAGCCAAGAACCCAGCGUCCGCCCAAGCAAUUCACCAAUUGA